AUCAAAUUGUGAUGGCUACCAGUGUAACGACCAUCAGUGCAUUCCUAGUAGAUGGUACUGUGAUGGAUCAGAGGAUUGUAACGAUGGAUCAGAUGAGCAAAACUGCAAUUAUACAUCUGCAACAGACAUUCUGUGCACAAAAGAACAUGGAAAGUUCAUGUGUGAUUCUGGCAACUGCAUAGACUUGAAACAAGUUUGUGAUGACAAGAUAAAUUGUCUUGGUGGAGAAGAUGAAGGAGGACACUGUGAUACCAAUGAAUGCCAAAAUUCUAACUGUUCCCAUGGUUGCCAGAAAAUUCCUCAAGGUCAUGAGUGCAUAUGUCCAGAGGGGUAUCAGCUUAACAUUGAUGGGAUCACUUGUGAAGACGUAAAUGAAUGUGAAGAAGAUUACAGAUUUUGUAGUCAGUUUUGUGAGAACACUAUUGGUGGAUACUACUGUAACUGUCAGAGAGGAUAUGUUUUGGUUAACAACUCCUGUAAAACCGAAGGCCCAGAACCAUUACUAAUAUUCUCAAAUGUACAAGACAUCAGAGGCUUGUGGUUGAAUUCUCAGCGUUUCUUUCCCAUACACAAAUCCCUAGCUAAUGCAGUUGGAAUAUCCUUCGAUGAAGUAGAAGGAAGGGUUUACUGGGUUGAUAUUAACACCGAGGCUACAGGUGUCUAUUCCUCAUUAUUGGAUGGCUCAAAUUUCCGUCCUGUCAUAACAAAUGGACUUGCUACUCCUGAAGACAUUGCAUUUGAUUGGCUAGCAAGGAAUCUUUACAUCACGGACACUGAGCUGAAAAAAAUAAUUGUUUGUAAAACUGAUGGCUCAGUGUGCCAUGUGUUAAUCUCCGAGAAAAUGGACAAGCCUCGAUCAAUUGUUUUGGAUCCUGCCAGAGGAUUGAUGUACUGGACGGACUGGGGUAGAAAACCAGCCAUUAUCAGAAGUGGCAUGGAUGGAUCUGAAAAGACUUAUCUUGUGGAUACAGAUAUCAUCUGGCCUAAUGGGUUGGCUAUUGACUAUGCUCUAGGAUGGCUUUACUGGGCUGAUGCAAAAUUAAACAAAAUUGAAUAUUUAACAUUAGAUGGAAAUCGGAGAAAGGUUAUACUUCAAGAUAGUGUUUUCCAUCCCUUUUCAUUGGCUGUAUUUGAAGACUUGCUGUAUUGGAGUGAUUGGUCCACUUUCUCCUUGGAGUCUUGUGAUAAAUUCACCGGGAAAGAGCAGCAGCUAAUAUUCCGUGCACAUCGUAACCACCUUCUAGGGAUUCAUAUUUAUCAUCCAGUUACGAGAGAGACUGCAUCAAAUCCAUGUUGGACUGGAGCAUGCAGUCACCUGUGCUUACUUGGAAUAAAAAGACAACAUCAGUGUGUAUGUCCACCUGGUUAUUCAUUGGAUGUUGAUAGAAAGACUUGUCUCUCAAAUGGAGACGAAGACUUCAUUUUGAUGUCCGAGUACAAUGCAGUAUUUCAGUUCAAUGAAGAAAACAUAGGUCAUAAUGUUAUUAAGAAACUGCCUGUGACUCAUCUUCAGGAUGUGGGAGACCUAACAUAUGAUUGGCGUCAUGCAAUUGUGUACGUUAGUGACAUUCGUAAGAAAAUCAUCUUGGCAUUCAACAUGUCUGACUUCAAGUCCCGACUGGUAGUAGACACCCACCUCCAGACCGUAGAGGGUUUAGACUUUGAUUGGGCCGGCCAGAACAUCUACUGGGUUGAUGCCGAGAAAGGAACAUUGGAAGUUGCCACUACUAAUGGCCACCAUAGAGCCAUUCUGGCCUCAAACCUUUCAAGGCCAAUUCAUAUUGUACUUUAUCCUGAAAAGGGAGUGUUAUUUUUGGCUCUCCUGGGAAUCCAACCUGAAAUAGUGAGGUUUGAUAUGGAUGGGAACAACAGGAAGUUGGUUGUUUCUAAACACCUUGGGAUACCAGUAUCACUAGCAAUAGACAGAUGGAAUAACAAACUUGUGUGGGCAGAUUCUAAAAAGGGGCUGUUAUCAUCCAUAAAGCUUGAAGGCGGGAAAGAGCAACGAAUCAUGAAGACGGAACUGGGACAUGUGAGUUCAGUCGCGGUGGGAGAAAAUGGGGUAUAUUGGAUGGAUGUGGAGCAACGUGCACUACAGUUCUUUUAUUACAACGAUCCAGAACGAAAGGUAUCCUCGGUAAAGCUACCAAAUGCCCUAAACAAUACUGCAGCAAUGAGAAAGUUGUAUUAUGUACAUCUACUAAAAAUUUCGACAGUUCUAACUGUAGCAGGAUGUGAGGUGGAUAAUGGAAAGUGUAACCAACUUUGCCUUACUAACCCAAUAGGUCACACAUGUGGCUGUGCCAUUGGAUUUGCACUUGAUAAUAGUGGAAGGACAUGUCAAGAAGAGAUUAAAGGAUGCAAGAAAGAUGAAGUUCAAUGUGCUAAUACUAAUGUGUGUAUACCAGAAGUUUGGAAGUGUGAUGGAAGGUUUGACUGUCCUGAUCAAUCUGAUGAGAAGGAUUGUAACAGUAGCUGUCCUAACGAGAACUUCAGAUGUGACAAUGGCCUGUGUGUUGUACCUUCCUGGAUAUGCGACUUGAUGGAUGAUUGUGGAGAUGGAUCUGAUGAAAAGAACUGCUCCAAUAUUAAGACUUGUGGGCCAAACCAGUUUGACUGUGGAGAGGGUCAGUGUAUUUCUAUGGUGUGGCUUUGUGAUGGAGACAAAGAUUGUGUCCUUGGCCAGGAUGAGAGUGACUGUAAGGUUAAAGAGUGCAAAGAAAGCGAGUUUAGAUGCUCUUCUGGCCAAUGUCUACCAUUGUCUUGGAAAUGUGAUGGAGAACCUGAUUGUUCAGAUGGCUUGGAUGAAAAAUGUGGAACGAGUCCACCUUGUAAAUCCACUGACUUUCAGUGCAACAAUGGCAUUUGUAUUGAUGCAAGACUCGUGUGUGAUCAACGAGACGACUGUCAGGAUGGAUCGGAUGAAUCAAAAUGUGAUCACAACAUUAUCACUAUAUGUCCUGAUGGCAUGACAAGUUGUGAAAAUGGUCCCUGUAUCUAUGACCAUGAAAUUUGUGACGGCCUCCAAGACUGUCCUGAUGGGAAAGAUGAAGCAAACUGUACUGUUAGAGAAUGUGAUACUUGGGAGUUCUAUUGUCCUACAAGAAAGAACUGUAUUCCAGAUGCUUGGUUGUGUGAUGGAGAGGACGAUUGUGGUAAUAAAGAGGAUGAAACUCUCCCAAAGUGCCACAACACUAAAGCUUUUGUAAAGCUGACGAGCCCAGUUGUACAAGAACCAUCAUGUAAAGAAGACUUUACGUGCAAAUCUGGCGAGUGCAUUUCCUGGAACCUUGUCUGUGAUCGUAAACCAGAUUGCUUAGAUUACUCCGAUGAACAUGAUAAUUGUGGAUCAUCGUGUAGUACAAACAACGGAGGUUGUGCACACAUUUGUGAAAACACUCCAAUGGGAGCCGUAUGUUCUUGCCGUGAAGGCUUUGCUCUAAUGAGAGAUCUACGCAGCUGUGAUGAUAUUGAUGAGUGUACCAUCAUUGGACACUGUAGUCACUUCUGUAAAAACACCAAAGGUGGCUUCAAAUGUUCUUGCUCGUCAGGCUAUAUCCUUGGCCCGGACCACCAGUACUGUAAAGCUGAUGGUCCUGUACCUGAUCUUCUGUACCUCUUGCCCAAUGAGAUCAGAGCUUUAACUUUAAAAGGAACAUCCAAUUUUCUGGUAGUUCAAAGGAAUAUAGCUGAUCUUCGUGGUCUUGACUACGAUAUAAAUAACCAGUUAAUCUUCUGGUCAGAGUGGAAAGAGGGCAUUAUUGGUAGCGUAUCUUCCAUAAGCGGAGAUUCUACUAUCAUUGUGAAAGGCCUACAUCAAAUUAACCUCCUUUGCUACGACUGGAUUGGUAGAAACCUGUAUUUUACUAAUGGAAAUGGUAACAUUGGAGUGUGUACUAGAGAGGGGAUGUUUUGUACAGAAGUACUUGAUACCAAAGUCUUCCAUCUGAGCAGUUUCACUUUAUCACCACUAGAGGGGAUGAUGUUUUGGAGUGUUUCGAGCUCGCUAGCUGAAAGUGGUACUGGAAUGAUAUCUCGGGGUAACAUGGAUGGAUCUCUAACUUUGGUACUCGUGACUAAAGUUCACUGGCCUGCUUCUUUGACAGUUGACCACAUUCUCAAACAAAUCUUCUGGGCUGAUGUGAAAAUGAACAUGAUUGAGGCUUCAGAUUUUGAUGGAAAGAACAGGCACAAGGUUAUCCAGGAAGGUGUUCACUACCCAUUCAGUAUUGCCUUGUUUGAAGACUAUCUUUUCUGGACAGACUGGGGUACAGAUUCCAUCCUGAGGUGUAACAAGUUCUCAGGAAACUCAAAAUUCGUAGUUCAUCGAGGAGAUGUUAAAGCAGAAGUUAUGACUGUUGUUCAUUCUGUCAGACAGCCAGAGGGUCCCAAUCCAUGUGAAGGAGCACCUUGUCAGCAACUAUGUUUACUGGUUCCUGGUGCUUAUACUUGCCACUGUACGUCUGGAUUCUACCUGGCAAAUGAUUCAAGUUCUUGCCUACCAAGAUAUGUAGUUACAGAAGUGUUAACAGAGCCACCUAGUGCCACUACUUGUAAACCUUCAUAUUGUCUUAAUGGUGGAGAAUGUGUCCUUAUCAAAAAGGAACCAAAGUGCAGAUGUCCAGUUUUGUUUCAUGGUUCUCAUUGUGAACACUUGCAACAAUCUGUAAAGGUUGGAAACAAAGAUUACAGCUGGGUGGCUGGAGUUGUGCUGGGGUUCUUCUUCAUAGUGUUAGUUCUUGUCCUAUCGGUUCUACUUCGUCAAAAGCACAAUAAGAAUCUUCGGGUACUUGGACAUAAUGUUGCUGUUGGCUUUAAAAACCCAAUGUUUGGCCUAAGAAACAGUGGACGGUUAGUGUUGGAUGGUGACAGUGAAGGAGCUGAUGAGUACAUGAUGGGAAAACAGGGUGCCUACAGAGAGUCUUCGUGUUUCGGAAACAAAGGAUUCAAUGAUGUACAUAAUGUGGAACACGUUCUUUUACCACAAGAUGGCGAGUUUCGACGGUGGCCAUCAAAAGAAUCGGAAGAUUCUGCUUUUGGUAGCGAAUGUCAACCACGAGAGGGCAGUUGUGUAGACCAGACAUCUCUGGAUAGUCGAAAGAAAGGAGACAGAUUAAUUUAUUUUCUCAAAAAAUUAUGAAAUAUACACUUCAAAUUUCUUUUUUGAGUAACA